AUGGGUUUUCAAGUGUUUGUGCCUUUCAGUCCCUGGAGCUGGUUGCUACUGCUGGUGGCCCUCAAGUGUCCCGAAGCAUCUUCUGAUUUGAACGAAUCCACAAAUUCCACUGCCCAGCGUGAACCUAACGUUCGGUUUGCUGCUGCAGGCUCAGAGCCAGAUGAGAAGAUAUCUGUUUUUGCACUGGAUUAUGACUAUGUGCAAAUUCCUUAUGAGGUCACCCUCUGGAUACUUCUAGCAUCCCUUGCAAAAAUAGGCUUCCAUCUUUACCACAGACUGCCAGGCCUUAUGCCAGAAAGCUGCCUCCUCAUCAUCGUUGGGGCUCUGGUGGGUGCCAUCAUCUUUGGCACUGACCAUAAAUCUCCUCCUGUCAUGGAUUCAAGCAUCUACUUCCUGUAUCUCCUUCCACCCAUUGUCCUGGAGGGUGGUUACUUCAUGCCCACCCGGCCCUUCUUUGAGAACAUUGGCUCCAUUUUGUGGUGGGCAGGCCUGGGGGCCCUGAUCAAUGCUUUUGGCAUUGGCCUCUCCCUCUACCUCAUCUGCCAGAUCAAAGCCUUUGGCCUCAGUGAUGUCAACCUGCUUCAGAACCUGCUGUUUGGUAGCCUGAUCUCGGCUGUGGACCCUGUGGCCGUGCUGGCUGUGUUCGAGGAGGCGCGUGUGAACGAGCCGCUCUACAUGAUGAUCUUCGGGGAGGCCCUUCUCAAUGACGGCAUUAGUGUGGUCUUAUACAAUAUAUUAAUUGCCUUCACAAAGAUGCAUAAAUUUGAAGACAUUGAGCCUGUCGACAUUUUGGCUGGAUGUGCCCGAUUCGUUAUUGUGGGGGUUGGGGGAGUCCUUUUUGGCGUCAUUUUUGGGUUCAUUUCUGCGUUUAUCACACGUUUCACUCAGAAUAUCUCUGCAAUCGAACCACUCAUCGUCUUCAUGUUCAGCUACCUGUCUUACUUAGCCGCCGAGACACUCUACCUCUCUGGCAUCCUGGCGAUCACGGCCUGCGCGGUAACAAUGAAGAAGUAUGUAGAGGAAAACGUGUCUCAGACGUCCUACACGACCAUCAAGUAUUUCAUGAAGAUGCUGAGCAGCGUCAGCGAGACCCUGAUCUUCAUCUUCAUGGGCGUAUCCACCGUUGGAAAGAACCACGAGUGGAACUGGGCCUUCAUCUGUUUCACCCUGGUCUUCUGCCAGAUCUGGAGAGCCAUUAGCGUAUUUGCUCUCUUCUAUGUCAGUAACCAGUUUCGGACUUUCCCCUUCUCCAUCAAGGACCAGUGCAUAAUUUUCUACAGUGGUGUCCGAGGAGCUGGAAGUUUUUCACUUGCAUUUUUGCUGCCUCUGUCUCUUUUUCCUAGGAAGAAAAUGUUUGUCACUGCUACUCUUGUAGUUAUAUAUUUUACUGUAUUUAUUCAGGGAAUUACAAUUGGCCCACUGGUCAGGUACCUGGAUGUUAAAAAGACCAAUAAAAAAGAAUCCAUCAACGAAGAGCUUCAUAUUCGCCUGAUGGAUCACCUGAAAGCUGGAAUUGAAGAUGUGUGUGGGCACUGGAGCCACUACCAAGUGAGAGACAAGUUUAAGAAGUUUGAUCACAGAUAUUUACGGAAAAUCCUAAUCCGAAAGAACCAGCCCAAAUCAAGCAUUGUCUCUUUGUACAAGAAGCUGGAAAUGAAGCAAGCUAUUGAGAUGGUAGAAACUGGGAUCCUCAGUACCACAGCCUUUUCCGUACCGUGCCAGGCCCAGAGGAUACACAGAAUCAAAAGGCUUUCCCCUGAAGAUGUGGAAUCCAUGAGGGACAUCCUGACGCGCAAUAUGUACCAAGUUCGACAAAGGACCUUGUCCUACAACAAAUACAACCUCAAACCCCAAACGAGCGAGAAGCAGGCUAAAGAGAUUCUGAUCCGCCGCCAGAAUACCUUAAGGGAGAGCAUGAGGAAAGGCCACAGCCUGCCAUGGGGAAAGCCGGCUGGUACCAAAAACAUUCGUUACCUCUCCUUUCCCUAUGGCCACCCUCAGCCGGCAGGAAGAGACACGAGGGUUGCUGAACUCACAGACAAUGACAGCAGCGAUUCAGAACUCCCAUCCAUCAUGUUCAAAGCACACUCUCGAGCAGGGAUACUUCAGGAAAGACGGCUGACGCAAGAGAUAAUCCCAAUGAAGAGCUUACCCAGAGGAGGGAAACCAUCCCACUUCGGUUAUCAGAGAAACACCAGCCAAGAAGAGCAUGAUGGCAGGGGCAGAAGGGAGGCGCUACGGCCCAAACCUCUGUUCCACGCGGUAGAUGAGGAGUUUGAAUCUGGAGAGGAGAGUGGAGAGGAGACCUCAGCAAUCAGAUCCAGAUGGUCAGGGGAGCACAGACCCACUAGGCAACAUCACAGGUCCCACAGUCCUUUGCUCCAAAGAAAAUAG